CUGAUGUGUUACUUCCUAAUUCACUCAUUUUGUGAGUCUCUAUUCUCACUCUCGCUGUAAUGGAGCUGUUCAUCUUCAUAGUGUUUCAGCUCCUGAUGGAGGUUCAGUCUUACAAAUCUCCUACUGUAAAAGUAUCUCCAGAUGUCAUAAGAGAGUCCAGCUCAGUGAAGAUCAGCUGUGAGACUCCAGCAGAUGUUAGAGUGAAUCAGUGUUAUUUCUACACAAACAGAGAAGAGAAGAAUAUAAAAGUCAGUUCAUCAUCUGAGCUUGAGCUCACUGGUGUUGAAGUGCUCAGAUGGGCAGGUGUAAAAUCACCUGAAUCAAUCUACAUUAACUGUUACUACUCAGUAAAUGAACAAGGCAUCAAUAAACCGUCAUCUCAUUCUCCUGCCACAGUGACGGUUCUAGAUUCACUUGAGAAACCCUUCAUCAGUGUUAGUGGAGAUGAUGACCAGCUCAGCAUAUCAUGUGAAAUACCACUUUCAGUCAGAGCUGAUUUCAACUGUAGUCUCUACACUGAGGAUGAUGUUCUUCUGUAUCAACAUGUCUCUCAGUGGAAUCAGUCUGGAAAGAAUCUUUGUAUGUUUUAUGUAAGUCGUAGUGAACUCUUGACACGAUCAGUGAACAGCAGACAACUGUUCUGUGUUUAUUCACUCAAGACUGAACCUGAGAUCAGAUCACCACACAGUGACACAUACACCUUCAGAGAUCUUCCUCAGGCCAAGUUGAGAGCGUCUGCUUCAGUUAUUCUGGAAACAGACACAGUUGAGCUGAGCUGUGAGAAUACUGAAGAUCUGAAGAUGGAGAAGUGUUUCUUCAACAUAAAUGAAAGAGAAAGUAACUCAAAACACAGCUCAUCAUGUCAGCUCUCACUCACUGGAUCUCAGAUCAGUGUUUGGUCUGGAGGUCAGAAUUCAUCUGUGAGAAUAAGCUGCUUCUACACUGUGAAUUUGUCACAAGCUCAAAAACCAUCUGCUCACUCUGAUCCAGUGACAGUAACAGUAAACAUUUCAACAUCAAUAUCCCCUCAAAAAACUUCACAACUGGACACUGUCAUUUCCUCAUCUGAAACCCCAGUGUACUGCACAACAGAUCUAUGGUUUAUAGUGCUGGUUUUUACUUGUGUUGCUGUCAUUUUGUCUGGAGUCAUGGGACUCAUCUGUCUCUGCGUGUUUGCAUGUAAGUAUUUCAAUGUCAGUUUAUUUAUAAAACAACAGAUAGUCAGCCAAAGUGAUGUACAGGAAUAAAAACUGACUAUAUAAUACUGAUUCUCAUUGUUUUCUAGAUAAAAAAAAUAAGAAAACGGUAAGUUUUAUAUUCAUUCAAUUUAGUAG